ACAACACACGCACACUCUCUCCUCUACCUCACACACACACGGACGCCUGGACGCUGCAGCGUUUUCAACACUGUUUCCAGCCCUCGGCAGGAGGGAGGAGGCAGGAGAAGGGAAGGAGACAUGUCCACAUCCUGACCGUUAACAAACAACACGUACCAAUCGAAUGGAUCAGCGAUCAGUGCGCGGACGGUAGAAGACGGUCAGAGUGUGAUUGCAGACAUGGGUGGCAGCGGUUCGACACCUCUCCUGCUCCUCGGGGAGUGUUUUCACCGUCAGUCCUUCAGCGCUGGAAAUGGCGCUGUGAUGCUAAGCAUGGAAGACGCAGCGGAGGCGGAUGCCAGGGAAUAGAGAACUACAUGAUCAGCUGUGCUUUUUUUGGGUUGGAUUUUUAGUAAAAGUGGACUGUACCAUGGUGAAUUACCAGAAAUACAUUACUGUUAUGCAGCUGGCUCUGGGGGUGGCCGCCGUCAACAAAGAACACUGUCUUCCACCCAGGAAGCGAAUGUGGAUACACCCCAGCCCGACCGCCGGCUCCAUCACAGCAGCCUCCUCAGCGAGCACCAGUCAGGGCAAGCCAUCACUCCGCCGCAUCAAGGGCCGCAUUCACAGGAGCAAGAGCUUGGACAGCAUUGAUCUGCUUGACUCCAAUAGCGCAGCAAUGGAAGAGACUGUCAUUUGGGAACAGCACACAGUUACAUUACACAGGGCACCGGGGUUUGGCUUUGGGAUUGCCAUAUCGGGAGGUCGGGAUAACCCUCAUUUUCAGAGUGGCGAGACGUCCAUUGUUAUUUCGGAUGUGCUGAAAGGAGGCCCAGCAGAAGGCCUGCUGCAAGAAAAUGACAGAGUGGUUAUGGUCAAUGCUGUCUCCAUGGACAAUGUGGAGCAUGCAUAUGCCGUCCAGCAGCUUCGUAAAAGUGGAAAAAUUGCCAAAAUUACAAUCAGGCGAAAGAGGAAGGUUCACGUCCCCAUGGGUCGCCUUGGGGAGAGGGAAACCAUGUCAGAGCAUGAUGAGGAGGAGGACAGCUACGAUGAAGAGAUAUAUGAGACACGAAGUGGACGCAGUGGUGCUUACAGCGGUAUGGGUGGGGCCAUGGGCAGGCGCAGUGGCCGGAGUACAGGGCGAAGGGACAGGGAACGUGAGCGCAGUGUCUCACGGGAGCGGAGUCUCUCUCCGAGGUCAGACCGCCGCUCACACAAUCAGCCUCCACGCCCUGCCAAGGUCACACUUGUCAAAUCCCGCAAAAAUGAAGCAGAAUAUGGCCUGCGCCUGGCCAGCCAUAUCUUUGUCAAGGACAUUUCCCCUGAGAGUCUGGCAGCAAGAGACGGCAACAUCCAGGAAGGAGAUGUUGUACUGAAGAUCAAUGGCACAGUGACCGAGAACCUCUCCCUGAUAGAUGCCAAGAAGCUGAUAGAAAGGUCAAAGGGCAAGCUAAAAAUGGUGGUGCAGAGGGACGACAGGGCAACCCUGCCGAACAUCCCUGACCUCGAAGACAGCAUUCCUUCAGCAAACGCCUCUGACAGAGACGACAUUUCAGAUAUUCAUUCUUUGGCAUCCGACCAUUCCAAUCGAUCACACGACAGACAUCGUAGCAGCCGGUCGCGCUCUCCAGACAGACGAUCGGAACCGUCGGAUCACUCCAGACACUCACCCCCUCAAAUCAGCAACGGCAGUCACAGAAGUCGUGAUGAUGAACGGGUCUCCAAGGCAGCAUCUACACCAGCGAAAAUAGCAGAGGAUGUUCCUUUACCCAAACCUAAGGAUUCAGUCAGAGAGGAUAAACAGCUGCCACCACUCCCAGAGCCCAAACCAGUGUACGCUCAGCCUGGACAGCCAGAUGUCGACUUGCCGGUCAGUCCCUCUGAUGCCCCUGUGCCAAGUGCUGCUCAUGAUGACAGCAUCCUACGGCCGAGCAUGAAGCUGGUGAAGUUCAAGAAGGGGGAGAGUGUUGGACUGCGUCUGGCUGGAGGGAAUGACGUUGGCAUCUUUGUAGCUGGAGUGCUGGAAGAUAGCCCGGCAGCAAAGGAGGGCCUGGAGGAGGGUGACCAAAUUCUCAGGGUAAACAAUGUAGAUUUUGCAAACAUAAUCCGAGAGGAGGCGGUGCUGUUCCUCCUGGACCUUCCUAAGGGCGAAGAAGUCACUAUUUUGGCACAGAAAAAGAAGGAUGUGUAUCGGCGGAUCGUUGAGUCUGAUGUGGGCGACUCCUUCUACAUCCGGACCCACUUUGAGUACGAAAAAGAGUCUCCGUAUGGGCUGAGCUUUAACAAGGGUGAGGUUUUUCGUGUGGUGGACACACUCUACAACGGCAAGCUUGGAUCCUGGCUUGCCAUUCGAAUUGGCAAGAAUCAUCAAGAGGUGGAAAGAGGAAUUAUUCCCAAUAAGAACAGAGCCGAGCAGCUCUCCAGCGUGCAAUACACCCUCCCCAAGACAGCAGGGGGCGACAGGGCCGACUUUUGGAGGUUCCGUGGCCUUCGCAGCUCAAAGAGGAACCUGAGAAAAAGUAGAGAAGACCUCUCCUCCCAGCCAGUACAAACAAAGUUUCCAGCUUACGAAAGAGUUGUAUUAAGAGAAGCUGGUUUCCUGAGGCCCGUUGUAAUUUUUGGUCCCAUUGCUGAUGUUGCUCGAGAAAAACUCUCCAGAGAAGAGCCCGAUAUUUUUGAGCUUGCAAAGAGUGAACCAAGAGAUGCAGGAACAGAUCAGCGUAGUUCAGGAAUCAUUCGUCUUCACACCAUUAAGCAGAUCAUUGACAGAGACAAACACGCUGUGCUGGACAUUACCCCAAAUGCUGUGGACAGGCUGAACUAUGCUCAGUGGUAUCCAAUUGUAGUCUUCUUAAAUCCAGAUAAUAAGCAGGGUGUGAAGAACAUGAGGACCAGACUGUGUCCUGAGUCCAGGAAAAGUGCCAGGAAGCUGUAUGAGCGGGCCAUCAAACUGAGGAAGAACAAUCACCACCUGUUCACCACCACCAUCAACCUAAAUAAUAUGAAUGACGGCUGGUACGGAGCUCUGAAAGAAACUAUUCAGCAGCAGCAGAACCAGUUGGUGUGGGUCUCAGAAGGCAAGGCGGAUGGUACCACAGAGGAUGACUUGGACAUCCACGAUGACCGUCUGUCCUACCUGUCAGCACCUGGCAGUGAAUACUCCAUGUACAGCACUGACAGCCGCCACACGUCUGACUAUGAAGACACAGACACAGAAGGCGGAGCCUACACAGACCAAGAGCUGGAUGAGACUCUGAAUGAUGAAGUGGGUUUGCCCACAGAGCCUGCCAUAACCCGUUCUUCAGAGCCUGUGAGGGAAGACCCUCCAGUCAUCCAGGACACCCCUGGUUACCCUGGAUACCAGCACCCUGUCCAGCCAGACCCACCGAGUCGCAUUGAUCCUGCUGGGUUCAAAAUGGCCACGCCGCAGCAGCAAGAUGAGGCUGCUCUGCCCAUGCCCUCAUUGCCUCCGACAGUGGUAACGCCCCCUGCCGUUGAGCAGCCUGUACAGCUAGAGAGUAUGCACCUAGAGGAGCCUCCUGCUGCAGCCGCAGCCCCUCAGGCUGACUCAAUAAACAGCCCCAGCCCUGCCCCUGAGCUUAAUCAGCCCCCACCACCACCUCCGCCACCACCACUACACGAACCCCACCCAUCUGGACCCUCUGGUCCAGAACCAAAGAUGUACAAGAAAGAGCUGUACAAUAUGGAGGAGCCUGUCAGGAUCAACCACGGCAUGAAGCCGUCAUUGAGCUACAGUCACCAGCUGCAGUACCAGGACAAACAGCCAUACCGUGAUUAUGACCACCCGCCUUAUGGUUAUGAUGGAGGCGGCUACACAGAACCAAAGCCUCACAACACUGACUCUCAUCUGCACUACGACAACCGUGUGCCUCAUUACAACGAACAGUGGCCCCACUAUGACCAGCAGACCUCAUCCUCCCAGCCCACAGGUUACCAGACCGGCCACCAGCAACCCAUGGGCUACAACCCUCAGCCCUCCUAUGAGGAUGGACAAGGGAGGGACUACAGCCCUCCUCAGCCACGUUACGAUGAGGCCUCACCAGUGGGAUAUGACGGCCGACCACGCCACAGUAAACCAGGGCCUAUUCGUUAUGAUGAACCCCCGCCCCCUCCACCAGUAAACUAUGAUGCUCGCUCUCCCUAUGAGGCAGAACAUAGCUUCCCCAUCAACUCACCUCGAUCACCAGAGCCUCCAAAACAGUACUAUGGAGACUCUGGUUUGAGGCCCACCUACAUUCCUGGACCUCCGAACCGGGGCUAUAAGGCAGGGAUGCACGAGCAGAUGUUAAAUUCUGAACCCCCCAUUCCCUCUCCCAAACUAGAAGCCCUACCCCCUCUAGGUGAACCUGUGAUCAGUCCUGGCUGCAAACCCCAACCCUCUGUGCCAAGGGACGAUCUGGAUGAGGACCCAGCCAUGAAACCACAGUCAGUGCUCAACAGAGUCAAGAUGUUUGAGAACAAACGGUCUGUUUCUAUGGACAGGGCUAAAGAAAGUGGAGAGUCAGUACUCAGGCCUCCAGAUGUUCCUAAACCUGUGACGACACCGGGCCCCGUCCCCAAAGCCAACUCCCUUAGCAACCUGGAACAAGAGAAGUCUACCUACAGGGCUCCUGAGCCACAGAAGCCUCACGUCAAACCCUCAGAUGAUGUCAUGCGCACCAACCACUAUGACCCAGAUGAGGAUGAGGAGUACUAUAGGAAGCAGUUGUCCUACUUUGACCGCAGAAGCUUUGACAGCAAGGCCAUGGGCCAGCCCCUCCCUGGCAUGAACCGCUUUCAUGAUCUGCCCAAACCAGCUCAACUGUCCUUCCCAUACAGCAGAGUUGAGUCGGUAGAGAAGGUGAGUCCGGUGGAGAAGAGGUACGAGCCCAUGCACCAGAUCAGCCCCUCUUCCCAGUAUGGACCUCCAGCCCCCUCCAUGCUUCCCAAUGCACUGCCUAAACACAGUCCUAAUGAAGGGACUCAUAAGAGAAGGAUAAACAAUCAGGCAUGUUCCCCUAGGAAUCGAAUCCAGGACUCUCUGCUCUCUGCUUCUGAGGCAGGAGUGAUCUAUGAUCUGGUCAAGUGGAAAUGGAUAAAAGCUAACUCUAUAGCUGAACCGUUGACCUCUCCCAAUCCAAAACCUGAGCUUCCAGCACUGAGGCCGACCAGCAGGGAUGAAUCCGCACCACUUGGCUACCUGCCCCCAAGGGGCCUCCCCGACAAAUCCCCAGUCAACGGCACUGAUGUGGCACCCCCAAAGACUCUUUGCGCUCCGGCUCCAACAGGCUACAACCGCUACGUCCCCAAGCCUUACACCAGCUCAGCACGCCCUUUUGAGCGCAAGUUUGAGAGCCCCAAGUUCAACCACAACCUGCUGCCUAAUGACACACAAAUGAAGACAGACCUCCUCCCCAAGCCCAGUGUUCUGGGCAGCAGCAGUGGGAAGCCUCAGUUGUCACCACAGCCCCUGGAUCACGACAGUGGCCUGGAUACCUUCACACGCACUAUAGACAACAGGCCCAAAUACCAGCACAAUAACAUUAACGCCAUCCCCAAGGCCAUCCCUGUCAGCCCUGGCGCACUGGACAAUGAUGAUGAAGAUGAAGGGCACACAGUGGUGGCAACAGCGCGGGGGAUCUUCAACUGUAACGGGGGCGUUCUGAGCUCUAUAGAAACAGGCGUCAGCAUCAUCAUCCCCCAGGGCGCCAUUCCUGAGAACGUGGAGCAGGAGAUUUACUUCAAGGUGUGUCGGGACAACAGCAUCUUACCCCCCCUCGACAAGGAGAAAGGAGAAACGCUGCUAAGUCCACUGGUGAUGUGUGGCCCUCAUGGACUCAAGUUCUUGAAGCCAGUGGAGCUGCGCUUACCUCACUGUGCGUCCAUGACCCCUGAUGGUUGGUCUUUUGCUCUAAAAUCCUCCGACUCUUCGUCGGGUGAUCCUAAAACCUGGCAGAACAAAUCCCUCCCUGGAGAUCCAAACUACCUGGUGGGCGCAAACUGUGUGUCCGUGCUUAUUGACCACUUCUGAAGAGGGCGACAGCUGGCCUGUUACUGAAUGUGAUGAAGCGGGGAGCUCUGGCGCCCCAUGCUGUGCCCGCCCCCUUGCAACAAGCCGAGGUGCACAAGGCCUGAUGAAGAAUGAACUCCGAACUUUCAUGAUGUUUACUGUGCUCCGAAUCUGAAAAGAAAAAGAAAAAAAAACAGAAACAAAUGUCACACAGCUACAAGGGGAGUCAGGGGUCAUCCAGUCAUCUCCAAGGCUGUUCUCUUUCCUUGCUUUCUUUCUUUCUUCCUUCCUUUCUUUCUUUUUCGGUGCUUUCAAGGCUUGCAAAAAAAAAGACUAAAAGAAGUUAUUUAAACAACGGAACUGAAGUUGGAAUGCAUGAUCAGUGCACAGACUGAAAAAUAUACUUUUGACAUUUUUAGCUAAUUUUGUAAAAGGGUCAGAGCAGUGCAAAAAAAAAAGAAUUUUGGAAACUUGUUUAUUAUUGCAAUAGGAUUUUUGCAUACUGUAAGGAAAAAUUAAGAAUACACUCACAAACAACAAAGUUGGUAUAUGCAAAACUUUUGUUUGUGAGUUCUAUGGUCAGGCAUUUUCACCUAUGA